UCCCCGGGCCGCCCGGGGCCCCCCGGGCCGCCCGCCGCUGCCGACGACGGCGUGCAGAUGUCCUACUUUAAUCUUGUGAAGAGUUUAACAUCUGCUUUUUCAAAUAGGUAUAGUAUGUCACGGUUCCAUCACACAACGUCAGCAGCGUGCUGUUGUAGUAGAACACGGAGUGGUGAGAAAUACAUCGAUCCUUUCAAACUCGGUUGGAGAGACUUGAAAGAUCUGUAUGAAGACAUUAGAAAGGAACUAGUCAUAUCUACAACUGAACUUAAGGAAAUGUCUGAAUACUACUUCGAUGGUAAAGGAAAAGCCUUUCGACCAAUUAUUGUGGUGCUAAUGGCCCGGGCGUGUAAUAUCCAUCAUAAUAACUCCCGAGACGUGCAAGCAGACCAGCGCUCCAUAGCCUUAAUUGCAGAAAUGAUCCACACUGCUAGUCUGGUACACGACGAUGUCAUUGACGAUGCAAGUUCUCGGAGAGGAAAACACACGGUUAAUAAGAUCUGGGGUGAAAAGAAGGCUGUUCUCGCUGGUGAUCUAAUUCUUUCUGCAGCAUCUAUAGCUCUGGCACGGAUCGGAAAUACAACUGUCAUAUCUAUUUUAACCCAAGUUAUUGAAGAUUUGGUGCGUGGCGAGUUUCUUCAGCUAGGGUCAAAAGAAAAUGAGAACGAGAGAUUCGCACACUACCUUGAAAAGACCUUCAAGAAGACUGCCAGUCUGAUAGCCAACAGUUGUAAAGCAGUCUCUGUCCUCGGAUGCCCUGAUCCAGCGGUGCAUGAGAUUGCCUAUCAAUACGGGAAAAACGUGGGAAUAGCCUUUCAGCUAAUAGACGACGUGUUGGACUUCACCUCGUGUUCUGACCGGAUGGGCAAACCAACGUCGGCAGAUCUGAAGCUUGGGUUAGCCACCGGCCCUGUCCUGUUCGCUUGCCAACAGUUCCCAGAAAUGAAUGCUAUGAUAAUGAGACGGUUCAGUUUACCAGGAGAUGUGGACAGAGCUCAACAAUACGUAUUACAGAGUGACGGUGUGCAACAGACAACCUACCUCGCCCAGCGGUACUGCCACGAAGCAGUGAGAGAGAUCAGUAAACUUCGACCGUCCCCUGAAAGAGACGCCCUCAUACAGCUUUCAGAAAUUGUACUCACGAGGGAUAAAUGA